AUGGCGGAUGAUGUUUUGGUCGAGGAAGUUUUCAAUUUUAUUUGCGAUAGUGGCGGAUUUGUGGAGUUACCUCUACUUUUGAAGGAUUCAUCGCCUUUGAAAAACAUAAAAUCCAACUUGGAAGCGAAGAAGUGGCUGAUGAAUCAUGGCCGUGGCCGCUUUGUUGUGGUGAAAGAUAUUAAUGAUGAAGUCAUAGGUGUUCGCAUCGAGCUGAAAAAGAAAAUUUGUCAACAAUAUCUUGCACAGGGUUCAUGCACGAAAGCGAAGGGUUUGUGUAAAUUCUGGCACAUUUGUAAAAGCUUUAUCGAGGGAAAGUGUGAAGGAAACUGCCGUCGUUCGCACGAUUUUUUCGACAACGACAACGUAGCGAAGACCAAAGACCUUAAUAUCGAGAUGCACCCGAAUGGCACACUACGGAGCAUCAUUGCCUGGAGUCUACCACAGGUUUGUCAGUUGUAUUUGAGAGAUAAAUGCAAGUCGGAUAAAUGUCCAUAUCUUCAUAUUUGCCCGAAUAUAGUGCGACAGUUGCCAUGCGAUUGUACGUUAUCGCAUAAUUUGACUGAACUUGACAACAAGAAAAUACUGAAGCAGUAUGACCUUGUGCCACACCAGUCGAUGAAAACUGCUUUUGUUUGUAGCAGUAUUUUAAUCAUGAAAGUGCAGAGGUGUUUUGAUCUAGGUAAAUUCACAAGCGAUGAUACUACUGUUGAAAAGGCCUCAUUUACACCAUUAAAAAAAUCAACAAACGGUGCCACUCAAAAUAACGCAAACGAAAACAGUUCACAGCAUGGGACAAGUCAAGAGUCGAAAUCGAAUGGAACAAAAGAUUUUCACGUGAACUCAAAAUACAAAGAGGUUCUUUAUGAUGACAUGGAAGCGAGUUCGAAGAAAAAUGGACCAAAACCCGGUCAAAAGAAGUCAAAAAGAGGGCAAAAACAGAAGCGUAUACCGAAAUACGUCAACAAUUUGGCGAGUUGUGCAAAUGCUUCAGCAAGAUCUCAGAAAAAUCCCGGGUUUCUAAAUAUACACGAAGAAGAAGGCCACUUGAACUCAUCUUCAGAAGACAACAAACCCUAUUCUAAAAGUUUCCUCUCUGCUAAUCAAGGUGAAUCGAUUCAUCAGAUUCCAGAGUCGAAAAUAAGUCACGAAAAGGCUGGUAACGAUGUCAAAUUUCGUCAUCCUAAACUCGUGUCAAAUAAGAAACCUGAAGCGGAUCCGUGUACCUCAAAUGGCGCAGCCAAAGCUGGUGUUGUUAAUGAUGACCCGCCUGUUUUGCCCGUUGAUGACAUCGGAAACGAUUUUGUGAAGAAUUGGGUCCUGGGUGUUGAUGAUUGUUCCUCUGAGUCCAAUCAAAGCCUUGGAAACUCUCAAAUUGAAGAAAAACCAGCGGAACGCAAGCGAAAGUUAUCCAUAUCAAGUUCAUGCAGCUCUGUUCCGGAUCCACAAAAGAAUACACCCUCUAAGAAGGCUGUCUUUGACUGCAUUCUGAAAGAAUACAAUGGCACUGUCUCCUUUCAUGAUAUCUCGAAAAGAAAAGACUUGUUUCCUGAACGAUGUGAAGAUAUUUCAGCGUGGUUUAAAGCAAGGAAAGAAAGCUUUCUGCUUAGGGAAAGUAAAGACGGAACACUGAAAGUGGACGUUCUUUGUAAACGAGCGAAAUUAUGUUUUAACCAGGAUCAUUGCUCCAAAGUGGGUUGCCCUUAUCUACACGUGUGCCGAGAUUACAUCGCUGGUUUUUGUAGAUUUGGCGGUAGAUGCCAAAGAAACCAUAGUUUUUAUCACGAUGAAAGUAGAAUGCACAUUUCUAAACUUAAAUUAUCUGGGUUUAGCGAAGAACAGCUGCGUAAACUCGUUCAGCUGUCAAUACCCCAAGUAUGUCUAGACUAUAAUGAAGGACACUGUGCACUCGGAGAGAGUUGUUGGCAAAUGCAUAUUUGCAAGGAUAUGAUAAAGAAGAAGUGUUCAGAUCGAGUCAUUUGCAGUCUCAAGCAUGAAGAAGCAUUGUUGACGGCUCAAGCAAACACUGUGCUUAGUAGAUAUGGCCUGAAAGUUUGGGAUGACAACGUUCAACCGAUUUUGCGAACCCUUCUCAUCUGCGAGAGGAAAUCUUCAGUUGACUCUACACCCCUUUUAAAAGACACUGUUUUCACAGCAGCUAGUCUGACAUCGUCGAGCAGUGCAGUGGGCAGCCGAAAAGAGAAAAACCCGAGUGGUGCCAUUCCUUAUUUACUUGCAUCCGUUUCUGUAGCCAGAACACCCAGCACUGUUUCAACGCCAAGUGGUUCGAGGACGUCAGAGGGAGCAGCUGGCGGCACAAAAGUGAGCGAUCAGAAUAGUAGUCCAAUUCCUUUUACAGGUGCCGUUGUGAACAACAGUGAAGCAUCCGAACGAAAAGUCUUUGAGUGCUUGUGCAAAGAAUACAACUGCUCAGUUUCGUUUUCAGUGAUUUCUAAACGCACUGAUUUGUUCACUGCCGGAUUCAAAGACGUGGAGUCUUGGUUUCGAAGAAGAAAUGGGAGCUUUUUGAUCUUAGAAAACCCAGAUGGGGCAAUUACAGAAGUAAGUGCCUUUUCCGCAAAGGUUCGACUCUGCUUCAGUUACAACGCCCCCUAUGGAACUUGUGUAAAAGACAACUGCUCAUUCCUGCACGUCUGCAGAGAUUAUAUCACUGACUCCUGCGCCAACGGAGCAACAUGCCCACGGAACCAUCAAUUCCGCAACGAGAAGGAUAAGGCUUUGCUGUCUAAGAUCAACCUCGACAAGUUCACAGACGAGCAACUUCGCCGGCUUGUGCUGUUUUCGUCACCACUGAUUUGCGUAGAGUACAACGAUGGUAUUUGUGAUCGUGGCGAUGCUUGUCCUAGAAUUCACAUGUGUAGCAACCACUUGAAAAAGUGCUCCCGAGAAGGACAUGGUUGUAUCUUAGAGCAUGAAUCCGCCAUGACCACUGACCACACCAAAGCAGUUCUCGAGCGUUAUCGUAUGGACCACUUAAAACCAGGCGCAGCAAAGAAGGCUAUUUUGCUUUUUGACGACUUGGCACAAAGUAGAGAAGCAGGUAUGUUUCACUAAGAAAGCAUACUGGUUUCAGAUUAUGCUCAUGUAUCCAGCAAUAUUUGUGAUAAAGUAUAGGUACAAAAUUAAAAUUGCUUUGAUUUUAUUCGGGAAGCUUUUUUUUAAAUUUUAUUUUUAUUUUAUUUUAUAAACUAGGGUUUUAAAACUAAUGUCUUUGGUCAUAAUUGGACAAUACAAAGGUGUUUUGUUAGGAUUAAUCGAUGAUUCUGUGGCACUAUCAGUCCCUAAAUAUGCUCAAUUGCUCUCCCUAUAGAGGUAAAUGAAAAGUGAUUCUUUUUUUUCCGAGGAUAACGAAAAACGUGUCUUUCACCCUCAGUCACACUUCUAUUUUUAUCGUCGUCAGGUCAUGUUCACACUGAUCAACCAGAUGCACAUAUCUGUUCAGAUUUCCUUCUGGGAAAGUGUAAAAAGGUCAUCAAGUGUUCUGAGCACCACUGCUCGUUGCCUUACCACUGGCAAUACAGAGUCGAGAAUAAAGGAGUCUGGAAGAGUUUUAGUGAGACUGACAAUGAGAAGGUGGAGAAACUUUACUGUGACGCAAUGAUGAAUGAUUGCUUAGCCACUGGCUUCAAGCUGUCUUUCAAAAGGUAAGCCAAGGAGAGUCGUGUUUGAAUACAGAGUAUUUUGCAGAGGCAAACAUAAAUUGUUUAUACAAGCUCAAGUCUAAAAUUAUGGGUUUACAAGCUCACUUCGUUGUAACCUCGUUAUUCCCUUAUUCGUUGCUAUCUGUUCUUGUAAAUUGUGUUGGUAUAAUUUCUCAUGAUUAAUUUAUAUGUAUGGUUCUUUUUGAACCUCAUUUAUUCACAAGACCUUUGUAGACAAGCCCCUCAAGUUUAGAUUACGAUUGAUGCUCUAGUUUAGAUCAUCUUUCAAAGUGUUCGAUUCUUGAUGCAAAUUCCUUAUCAAAAGAAGCCCGCAAUGAGGAAUUUAACUUGGUAAAUAAUGUACCCAAAAUUUCAUGAUACUGAAUUGGCACACAGAUCGAAGUUAACUUAAAAAUCAAUUUUUUUAAGUCAUGGAUUCCCUCUCUUGGAUGAAGAGUAUACCGUGCAGUUCCUGUUUGAAAAUGAGCUGAUGCUUGUGCAGACAGAUUUUGAAGUCGUUGCAGACAUUAGGCGGCUGUCCACAGAACCCUCCAUCAAUAAUCCCGUUAAUCCUUUGGCUGCUGUGUGGACUUGGUACUGGAAGGACGAAAAUGGCAUGUGGCUUGCGUAUGGCUCAGACUACCUGGUAAGAUUUUAUGUGAGGUACCAUUUCUGGAUAACUAUUACAAACAUGUUUUAAAGAAGAAAUAUCAAGUAAAGGUAGUAAUUAGCCAUGCUUUUUAAGCCUCAUGUUAUGUUAGGAAACUGUUAAGUCAUGGACGCGUUAAUAAACAAACGUUAUUUCGUUCAAGUCAUUUGAAAAAAAAAAAAAACAGUUAAACAAGCAGUAAACACAAUCAGAAAGCAGUAGAUUAAUUCAUUGGAAAUUUUUGUAUAUUUUCAGGGUAAUGAUCUUCAGCGACCCAUAGAAGAGGCAUUCUUAUCCAGCACAUAUUGCCAUAAGUUUAAAAUUGCCGAGCAAGACUAUGUACUGUAUUUCCAAAAAAUGGAACAAGAAAACUUGAGGUAUGGCACUAAACGACAAGUAAGGAGAAGACCUGGAGAAUUUAGAUCAGGCGCAGACAUCCUGGAGAUUCGAAGGUAAUUUCAAGUGACAGUCAAAACUUUCCGCAACGGCCACUUCUGAGGCAAAGAAAUUUAGAAAGGGUGCAACACAGCACAUUUUUUCAAGAAGGGUCAAACUAUUUCUGAAGUUGUUAACAUGUUUAUUGCAGCAUAUUAAUACGUAACACACUCAAAGUAAUGUACUGAAAAGAAAGGAAACAUUAAUAAACCAAAGGAUUGAAGCACACUGUUUUAUCACAUUUUAAAUACUUACUGCAUGAAGAAAGCGAUAUGACCUUUCGGGGAGUAAGCCAUGUUGCCCUGGUUAGGUGAGGGGUCAAACCUAGAGCUAUCAAUCUGGAGAAUGUGGCAAAGCCAGGAACGCCAGGAUAUUGGAAUAUCUCGGAACACUAGACUGUAUCGAAACAGUCACAGCUUGACUUAACAAAAUGCUCUUUCUGGCAAAACGGAGUGCAAAAUGGUGCGAUAGUAGUGGUGGAACUCCCCAAAAAACUAGGGAAGUUUGGGUCAGGUUACAGAUAACUUUAAAAUUUUGGUAGGUACUUUAAUUGCGCUUGAGUGUUUUUUAUGUCUGUCUUGCUUAAGUAUUUUUUUUCAAUUUUUCUCGCCCAAGGUCAUCCAGGAAGGGAAAACCGAUUACAAAUGUAUCAAAUACUGAAAGGCCUAGCAACUGGGCUUCUAUGCCAUCUAAUAAGCAGUACACACGUGUCACGUUAAGCACUGUAUCAUCUGAGUACAAAGAAGUGGAGAGGUUAUUUAAAAGUUCAAUCAAAAAAAGGGUCGUUAUCCGUAGAAUCCAGAAGUGGGGCUACGUCUCGUGCGCUUCCUGCGUGCUUUAUAACAGAACAGAGCACAGUCAAUUUAUUUAUUUUUAAAUAUAUGUAGGAAAACUUUGUUUCAUUUUUGUCUUACAGGGAUACAUAAAAAAAGUGAUAUCUGUGUUAGGGAAAAAACAAAGAAAUUAACUUUUUUUUAUUUAUUUAUUUUCAAAGUGGUAGCCAAUUCAAAAAAAUAUGCCAUUUUCAAGGAAAACUUUGUUCUUUCGAGGAUUUUUCCGUCUUAGUUAUAGAUCGAGAUGCAUGUGCUACGUUUUCGAAACAAACCAAACGAGGAAGUUUGCCGCGGAUUUAUCUUUGCAAAAAAUAAGAUUAUGAGCCGAUACGUAUUUGGUGCCAAAGUGAAAAAUUUAGGGGGAAAAAUUAGGGAUUUCACGCCCUGGACUACGCUUUCAUCCCGAAAAGCCUGUUUAGUUAUUAAAAUCUCUCUUCAGGGGAUUUUAAAAUCCCCUGAAAAGUGAUUUGAGUCAAAAUCAACUUUUUGUGCUAUAUUAUUUCAACGUUUUCGUAAAUAAUAGAAAAACUAUUCACCUCAGUGUUGGUGGAUUGUUUGAAACAUUCUUAUGUUGAAACAUACUCUAUUCUUCCGUGGAAAUGGUCGUAAUUGGGUAUACGUAAAACGCUCUUUACCUGAAGCCUUGUUUUUGUUUGUUUUUGAAAGGAAAAAGGAAUAUUUGUUGACGAUCAAGACAGGCGGUCACAAGUUUUCCCCUUGAACGAAAAGAGGUUGUUCCACGGAACCAGCCCCGAUGCUGUAGAGGCCAUUUGUAAACAAAACUUUGACUGGCGCUUAAACGGAAAGAACGCCACUGUUUAUGGUGAAGGAAGUUAUUUCGCUGUAAAUGCCUCCUACAGCGAUGCUUAUGCAAAGAAAGACGCAAAUUCGUCUCAAUUCAUAUUCUUAGUCAAAGUCCUUGCUGGAACUUACACCAAAGGCGACUCCAGCUAUCGAAGACCGCCUCCAAAACAACCAUCCAAUCCUUCGAGUGACCUGUACGACUCUUGUGUGGACGACGAGUACAAUCCAACCAUAUUUGUGGUGUUUGACACCGAUCAGUUCUAUCCAGAGUACAUCAUUGAGUAUUCUGAUGAAAGUAGAAGGUAUUCCGGAGCUCGCGGAGCUGGUCCUCAGACAGGAGCACAUGCAGUACCUUCUUAUAGCCGAGCUACCCGAUCUACCAGCCCCUUUAAUCCCACAAGUGGUUAUUACUCGUCUAGUAGUGUGGCAUCAAGUAGUUAUGGCUCAGCCUCUAACAGCUCGUCUAGUACACCGUACCGCAGCACAGGUACAAGCAACUAUUCAGGUACGGCGAGCUCUCAUAAUACAACAUAUUCAUCGCACAUCUCUAGCACAGGAACAUCAAGAAAUUAUUCUUCAUCAACGAAUACUUCUAAUGUGUCACACCACAGUUCAACUCCUAGCAGCUCCUCGAAAUCUUCCAAAGACAACAAGUGCUUGGUAAUGUGA